AUGAAUUACUCACGCCGUACUGAUAGCAUGGCCAGUAAGAUCUCAGGAUCGCGGCCACCAUCAAUCCAGGUCAAUGGCCGUACUCGACCUCUUACAAUUCCACUUACAGGACAGCCCUCUCAUCUCAAAAUACAUUGGCGACGCAUCGAGACCAUGACCCGCAUGAUCUCAGGAUCCCGGACAUCAUCGAACCUGGUGAACGGUCGUAGCCUACAACCAGAGUUCACCAGCGCGAGGCACGCAUCACAUCCUCACAUGGCUAUACCAGCAUCUACACACUAUCCUCGACCGCCACAACCAACAAAUAGCUACCCACAAAAGAUCGAAUAUGUUUACAUCUACUCGAUGGAAACGAAGCAGGAGCUUCGAAGAAUUUCGGCCGACGCUGAAGCCGUCAAGGCUGAUCUCAGACUUAAAAAUGCGGAGAUGCAGCGGGAUAUCGCGCAUAUGAGGCUGCAGAUUGAUCAUAUGCGACGUCAACAAGCUCAGAAGGCUACUCCCACCAGUUAG